UGUGUGUUUCCACCUUCAUGCCAGCUCCUCGGAGUGGGACUCUAUCGACCCUGCUGAGCGAGAGUUCUGGUGAGAAUCUGACCUGCACACACCAACAUAUGUACAGUAUGACUAAGAAAUGGUGGAUUACAUGGGAUUACUAUUAUGAUAAUAGACAAAAACCAGCGAAUGUAUGUAAAUCUCUCCCUCUCCUCCUCUCCUCUCUUAUCCUCGCCUUCUAUCCUCUCCUCCUCUAAGCAUUUCAUGUGGUUUGAUAAGUUCAAGCGUCAGUUCUCGUGGCUGGAGAUCUGUGAUAUGACAGCGGACGCUCUGAGUGACGACAGCAGCUUCUGGAACACCAUCAAGUUCCCCGGCACCUUGAGACUCAUUCCAAAGUUCCAUGGCACCUGGAGACGCAGCAGCAUGGCCGGAGAAUGCAGGAACAAGCCCAGACAUGGAGAUCUCUGCAGCACCUUGGAUUUGACCUGAUCCCUUUCUUCGUUGCUUUGGACCACUUUUGGACACAUUACAUAGUUGGUAGAGCUCAAUGCGUGGGUGCGUCUGUGAGUGAAUCCGCAACCUACAGAGCCGCAGAUCAACAGAGGUCAGAUCAUAUCAACAGAGGUCAUCUCUCCCUCGAUCACUCUGCAUUGUGUAUGAAAGGAUGGACGGCACAACCGAAUAUAAUUUUGUUGCUUUAUUGCUCUUUGAGUCGCCCACAACAACAAAUUUGUUGUGCAGAAGUUGGCUGGCCUGUUGGUGUGUAACAUUUGCCUAAAUGCAUAUUUUAGCGUAGGCCCACGCCAAAGUAGCCCUUGUUUUUCUAACAUUCAAACAGUGAAAUUUGAUGAAUGUUUUUUUUUCCUUUAUUUAACCAGGGGGGUCAUAUUGACACUGUAGUCUACAGUAGUUUUCAAAUGGUCGCAAAUAUAUAGUAUAGAUAGAUAGAUAGAGAUACUUUAUUGAUCCCCAAGGGGAAGUUCAAGGUCUCAGUAGCAUACAGACAUCACACACCUGCACUUACAGCUGAAAAAGUAUAUAAAUAUAAAAAACUCCACUGCACAAUAGACACUAGAAGCAGUGGCGGAACAAGUCAGAGCCGGGCCGGGGGCGGGGCACAUGACUCAUCAUAAGAUAAUUU